AUGGCUCUGUGCCGCCACACCAGUUCCCUGUCUCUCUUCCUGCUCCUCUCCGCUGCCGCAGCGCUGGCUGUGACGCCAGCCGCGCCGAGAGGAGCGCUGCGCCCUGCAGUAUCUCGCCCGAGGCUGCGCCACUUCGGCCAGAGGUCGGAGGUGCUGGUGCUCAGCGCCGAUCCACCCGCACAGCGUGGAGCCGUGCGCUCAGGCGCAGCCGUGCGCUCGGCUGCAACCGGUGCGCUCCUCCCGAUCUGGCUCGCCGUCUUUGUGCAAAUGGUGGGCGUGGGCAUCAACUUAUCGACGUUGCCGCUCUUCGUCCUCUCGCUGGGCGGCACGCCCCUCCAGCUGGCCUCUGUCGUCUCCGCCUUCUCGGGGGCGCAGAUGCUCGGAGGGCCACUCCUCGUCCGCGUCUCUGGCCGCGUUGGCAGGCUCGCGGUCCUCCGCUGCUGCCUCGCCGGGAACGCCCUCGCCGCCCUCCUCACGUCAGUCGCGCCAGGCUACCGCUGCGUCGCCCUCUGCCGCGUGCUCGCCGGACUGUUCGCUGCGAGCGUGCCGGUGGCACAGGUGGCGGUGACCGACGUGGUACCGGCCGGCGCAGCCACGUCGCAGGCCCUCUCUCGCGUUGGCUCUGCCGCCUCCGCCGGAAUCAUCGCCGGCCCUGCGAUCGGAGGCGUCCUCGGGCUGGCGGCGCGCCACUUGCUCGGCGUGCCGCCGCACCGCGAGGCGCGGGCAGUCUUCGCCGCCUCCGCUUGCCUCGCCGCCCUCGUGCUGCUCGCGACGAUGCGGCUGCUCGUCCGGUGGACGGCGCUGGUGACGGGUCUCGCGGUCGUCGUGACCAUCACGACGUACGCCGUCUUUGCGCAGCAGUUCCUCGGCUACGGCCAGCCGCAGCUGUCCGCCACCCAGUCGGGCGGCGCGGCGGUGGCGCUACUGAUGCAGCUGCUUCUGCUCCCGCGGCUGAUGAGUGCCAUCGGCGAGGCUCGGUCGUGCGCCGCUGGACUCGUCGUCCUCGCCGCCGCCCUCGCCUCCAGCGCGCGCGUCCGCACUCUGCCGCUGCACGCUUUGCUCUUCCUCGCGGCGCGCGCGGGCUUGGCGGUGGCGGAGACGGCGAACGUGGCCCUCACCGCUCGCCACUCGCGGCCGGCGGAGCGCGGGCCGAACCUCGCCUACCUCCAGUCCUUUCAGGCUGGAUGCCGUGUCAUCACGCCGUGGAUCGCAAACUACCUCUUCUCCCUCUCGCUCGGCGGCAAGUAUGGCACGCCCGGUGCACUCCCCUUCCUCGGCACCGCGCUGCUCGCGCUGCUCACCGCGCCUGUGCCGCUGCUGCUUCAGCGACGGCCCACGGGCGGCCAGCGGCAGGCACGUCGUGAAGAGUGAACAGAUGAGGCUUGGGCGGUCCCGCCCGGGCCUCUUACUUUUACGGCUUUACUUGCGAGACAUCCUCUCCUGUCUCAGCUGCUGCUUUCGCUCUCGUGUCGGUUCGUGUUGACAGACAUCAGUCAUC